UAGCAGUAAGAGAUUGAUGUGUCUCAUUUAACAACUACGGAACUGGACAAUAUUACUUCUAGUCUGCUCUCUUGAUACCAUGCUGUCUGGGUUCACGAUGAGAGGAGCACUGCCCACCUUGGAAAGUGCACCGACAGCUGGCUUCGUGGUUGAUCGUGAGUGAGGAAUGGCCUCUUUGGACCUACCUUACCGCUGUCCACGUUGCGGGGAAAACAAACGUUUCCAGAGCCUGUCCUCCCUUAGAGCUCACCUGGAGUAUAACCACACCUAUGAGACCCUCUACGUCCUGUCAAAGUCCAACAGUGUGUGCGACGCCACCCUCAUCCCCUUGGUGUCUGACGGGCCCCUGCUGAGACGAAAAGACGUCUUCGAGAGCACCUCUUUCAGCGCAAAGGAGCACCACUAUCCCUACGACCUGCCGUGUGCUAAUGAUCUGGGCCUGACCGCAGAAGUUACUUGCUACAUCCCCAAUGUAGAGAUUCCCCUGAGUGGCAUUUUUGUCAAGGAAGGUAUGACCUCCACCACACCUCCCACUCACACUGCCGUCACAGCAGCUACUGCUGCAGCCAGUGCUGUGGAAGCCGCCUACGAGGAAGGGCUGGCCCGGCUGAAGGUGCGAGCCUUCGAGAAGCUGGAGCUAGACGAGCGGCUAGAAAAGCUCUCGGAGGAGGUGGAAGAGAAGAUUGCGGCCCGUGUGGGCCGCAUGCAGGUGGAGCUGGAGAAGAAGAGUUUGGAACUGGAGAAGGCCAAGCAAGAGAGCAUUCGGCUCGACCAGGAGAAGCAGGAUCUGGAGAAUAAGGCCAUGGAGCUCUCCCGUCAGGUGGACGUCUCCGUGGAGAUGCUGGCCACCCUCAAGCAGGACCUGGUUUCCAAGGAGCAGGAGCUCAACAGGAAGCAGCAGGAGGUGGCGCAGAUUGACCAGUUCCUGCAGGAGACAGCAGCGCGGGAGGCCAACGCGAAGGUGCGUCUGCAGCAGUUCAUCGAGGAGCUCCUAGACCGGGCCGACCGCGCCGAGAAGCAGCUCCAGAGCAUCAGCAGCAGCGGCACCACUCCCAACGGCAGCCUGAGCCGCUGCAGUGUGCCGGGAUGCAAGAGCACCGGCCGACAGAGGGAAAGGAACUCUGGCUCUGUUUCUCGAGGAAUGUAUGAGGUACCGGAUCGAUGCUCUUCAGCAAGCACUGGAGCCUCCAGCCGGGUGAAGAUGUUGUCGCAGGGCUCGGGGGGGUACGACAGUGACAGCAUUGAGAUGCACCCCCUGAAGGAGUGCCCCGAGGCACAGUACUACCACGUGCAGUGCCAGUCAGGGGAGGUGGGGUUUGAGAGGGCCAGCAUGUCACAGAACUGGGGGCUGAGGAAACAUGCCAUCCAGAACUGGCAUCGGCGGCCCUACCACAACAGCACCGAGGGGGAGGAGGGAGACGUAUCCGAUGGGGGCUCCCGCACCACUGAAUCCGAGGCUGAGGUCUGGGAGCAGGAGAGGAGGGCCUCUUCAGAGACACAGCAGUCCAACUCCAACAAAGGCAGCAGGGGAUACAGGCUCGGCACAGGUCGGUCAGAGGGCAGGUAUAAACCCUGCCGGCACGAGAAGCACAGCCCUUCUCAGUCGAACGAGGUGAUUAGCCCGGAGAUUCUCAAAAUGAGGGCUGUGCUGUUCUGCAUCUUCACCUACCUGGACACAAAGACCCUGCUGCGGGCCGCCCAGGUCUGCAAGGACUGGAAGUUUGUGGCCCGGCACCCUGCAGUGUGGACCCGGGUGCUGCUGGAAAAUGGCCGGAUAUCCUCCAAGUUUAUGACAACCGUGUCUCAGUGGUGUACCCAGACACACUCCCUCAUCCUCCAAAACCUCAAACCACGACAGAGGGGGAAGAAGGAGACAAAAGAGGAGUACUUGAAAAGCACACGAGGCUGUCUGGAGGUGGGGCUGGAGGCUCUGCUGAAGGCUGCAGGAGGCAAUCUCCUGAUCCUGAAGAUCUCACACUGCCCCAGCGUGCUGACUGACCGCUCCCUGUGGCUCGCCAGCUGCCACUGCCGUGCUCUGCAGGCCGUAACCUACCGGAGCGCCACUGAUCCAGUUGGCCAGGAGGUGAUCUGGGCACUUGGGGCAGGCUGCAGAGACAUUAUUUCACUGCAGGUGGCGCCACUUCACCCAUGCCAACAGCCUGCUCGAUUCAGUAACCGCUGCCUUCAAACCAUUGGCCGAUGCUGGCCCCACCUGCGAGCGCUGGGUGUUGGUGGUGCGGGGUGUGGCAUCCAGGGCCUGGCAUCGUUAGCGCGGAACUGCAUGCGGCUGCAGGUGCUGGAGCUGGAUCAUGUGAGUGAGAUCAACCAGGAGGUGGCGGCAGAGGUGUGUCGAGAGGGACUGAAGGGGCUGGAGAUGCUGGUGCUUACCUCCACCCCGGUCACGCCCAAAGCUCUGCUGCAUUUCAACAGUGUGUGUCGGAAUCUGAAAUCCAUUGUGGUGCAGAUUGGGAUUGUGGAUUACUUUGAAGAUCCUAACAGCCCUGAAGCCAGGAAACUCUUUGAGGAAAUGGUGAACAAACUGCAGGCACUAAGGAAAAGGCCAGGUUUUUCAAAGAUUCUUCAUGUCAAGGCAGAUGAAGUUUGUUAACCCUGCUUCAGUACUGAUAAGACAGACACACUUUACCUCAGAAAAACAAGACACAAUCUGAAUACGUUCUUUGCGGCUUACCAGGAAAAAACAAACAAACAAAACAAGCAGCAAUGCCAUUACAAAUCAGUUCACACUUAUUGCAGACACAGUUGGCUUGGAGGCCAUAUUAUUUAAUAAUGGGAUCUCUUUUGUGCAAAUUGUUGCCAGUCCAGAAACUGUCCUCCUUGUAAAUCGUAUGGUGCCAGGGUGGGAAGAGCAUAGACUUAUAUUUCUAGAGAACAGUCACAGUGUACGUCUGAGUAUUUUAUAUUGUUUCCAUGCUCCUGUGACUGGGAGAAAACCUUUGGUGACAGUGAGCGUUCGAAAAGACGAAACCACAAAACCACCUCUCACCCCCUGCUCCUUGCCAAACAGACAAGACAAUUGCUUUCCUAAUAGCGCAGGACAAUUAAACAUUUUCCACACAGCAACCUUUGUAUGUUGUAUUAGUAUAAUCCAAACCAUGCUUUGUAACUGCAGUACGUUUCAGCCACACAGAACAGAAUUAACUCUCUCUACUUCCCAAACUACAAACCUGCAGGCACAACCAACUGCAAACCCAGUCAGUGCUUUCCAAGCUUGCUAAACUCAGUAUUCUCAAACUCAACUGGGAUUACUUUUGCGUUUAACCAGCUGACAGGACUACUGAACUGAUUUUGGGAGAAUCUGGGGGAGUAAACUUCAGUGAAAGGUUUGUGGAUAAAACAUGUUCAUUCCUCCCCCUUUCUCUUCUUCCCACCGAGAAAUCAUGCAACGAUGAGACCAAAUCCACCUGUUCAGAGAGAGAGAAGAAAAGUUUUGCAUCACCCUCUAGAAUUUACUAAUUCUGUUUCAUUAAGCCGAACAAA